UGUAAUGUAUAGUGAAAAAGGGAAAAUUUUGCUUGUAUUAAAUAAUUUUAAAUUUAGAGAGUACCGUCUGCUUAAGACAGGAGAAAUGUCUUGGAGUUGCACUAAUAAAAAUUGCAAUGCAAAACUCUACACUAUCGGGGAAAAACACUUAUUUUCAAGAACGCAAAAUGACCAUAAAAAGACAGACAGAAGAUAAACAACUCGGUAAAAAUGAAGGCUGAUGAAUUAUCAUUUUCGGAAAGGCCAAGGAAAAUAAUUCGUCAAGAGGUGGAGAAAGAUGUCAAUAUUUUGAAUACAUUCACAGACAGAGACAUGAUUCGCAUAGGGAAAAAUAUUAAUCGUGCAAAAUUACAACGAUUACCAAAGUUACCAAAAUGUAUGGACGAUGUACAUGACUAUUUGGAUAUGGACGAAGUGAUAUGUACGAAAAGAGAAAAUUUAGUAAUAUUCAACGAUAAAUCAUGCAAUAUAAUAAUAUUUUCAUGCGAAAGUAAUUUGAAAUUCAUGUGCAGUGUUGAAACUAUUUUAGUGGAUGCCACUUUUAACUAUUGUACAAAAUUAUUUCAGCAGAUGUUUACAGUUAUUGGUUUCAAAAAUAACAAAUAUGUUCCUGUUGCACUAAGUUUAUUAAAAGAUAAAAAAGAUUUAUCGUACACAACUGUUAUGUCUACGCUGAAAAGUAAAUGUUUGGAAAUUAAUUUAAUAUUUAAACCACAACAUAUAGUUUCUGAUUUUGAAAAAGGAAUUCUUCAAGCUCCAAGAAAAGAAUUCCCGGACACCACUUUGAUUGGAUGCAGAUUUCAUCUCAGUCAAGCCUGAUGGAGAAAAAUAAUGGGAUUAGGACUGACUUUAGAGUACAAGAAUAAGAACUCGGAAAUUGGAAAAUGGUUACACUACUUUUUUGGAUUGACUUUUCUCCCUCCAGAUGAAGUGGGAAAUGUGUUUUUAGUUUUGGAAACUAAUAAAAAAAGCGAGAGCAUAAAUCAGAAAUGUAUUAAAAAUAAAAUACAACAGUAUUUGAAAAAACAAAUUGACUCGCUGACAUUUGUGAAAUGUGUAUCAUACAAAUAUGAACCGGUUUAAUAUUAUAAAUGUAUUAAUUUUAUUCGU